AAAACUAAUAAAACCUUGGCUGACCGUCUCUACUGAAAUUUGGUUACUCUGUCGCGGUGAGCUCCCUUCCCAUUUUCCAAUAAAGGCCUGCAAUUUCGUCGCCGUCUCCCUUUUCUCAUCUCCCUGUCUUCGUUAAUCGGAAACUACUCAAGAGAAUGACCAAGUUAAGGAAGCUGAACCGAACCACAGCUCAUCGCAUAUCCAUGCUGAGGACAAUGGUGUCGCAGUUGGUGAAGCACGAGCGCAUUGAAACCACCGUUGCCAAGGCAAAAGAGGUUCGACGUCAGGCUGAUAGAAUGGUGCAGCUUGGAAAAGAUGGUUCACUCUGUGCGGCGAGGCGUGCUGCUGCUUUUGUGCGUGGGGAUGAUGUAAUUCACAAGCUAUUUACCGAACUGGCCUAUCGAUACAAAGAUCGAGUAGGUGGAUAUACAAGACUGCUUCGGACACGUAUACGAGUUGGUGAUGCUGCACCCAUGGCCUAUAUUGAGUUCAUUGACAGAGAAAAUGAGCUCAGAGAAUCAAAACCACCGGCCCCUCAACCACCACCACCAAGAGUUCCCUUGGAUCCUUGGGCAAGAUCCAAGCUUUGCAAGCAGUUUGCACCCCCUAAAGAAGAUAAAAACAAGAGCUCCGAGAUUUGAUAUCUUUGAGAUUUUAUACUCGUUAUUUUCUGAGAGAAGGUUUCCAUUUUCUUGCGAUUAUUCUCAUGCAAGUCUUUGGCUUUUUUUUUUUUUUUUAUUCAAAGAACUUUAUGUAUCGCACUGUUGUAGCAGUAUGAUCUAAAUAAUAGUCCAAAGUCCGAGUUCUAGUGUUAA